AUGGCGAGACUCAAGAGACGAUCGGAGGCCAUCUCUCGAGAUCCUUCUGAACCAGAAUCUGAGUCAGAUCGACCACAGACCCUAGCACGUCGUCGUCAACGCUCCAGUUCCGCGUCGUCAAAUCAAUCCAAUGCCUCAUCAGCGGGCUCGCAACGAAACGAGCCAACAGGGCAGAACCAACAAGAAAUACUCAUCAAAAGACUAGUUCGUCUCGCAUUGGCGACAGAGUUCUCUCGUACUCCUCUCCGAAGAAGCGACAUAUCCACCAAGAUCUUCAAAGACAGUUAUCUCUCUGGACGGAGUUUCCGCUCCAUCUUCGAGGGCGCGCAAACGGUUUUGAGGGAGACAUUCGGCAUGGAGCUAUUUGAGCUUCCCUCGAAGGAAAAGACCAACCUCAAGGACCGACGGCUACAAGCCACCCAAACCAAGACAUCCACUUCGACCACAAAAAGCUGGAUUCUCAUCUCAGUACUACCACCUUCAUACAAGACCAAUCCAGUUAUAAUACAGCCAGCAAAGGCACCAGACAUCGGGACUGAAUCAAGCUGGACUGCAUUCUACACCCUGGUCAUCUCUCUGAUAUACCUGAACAAUAACUCACUCCCGGACCAAAAACUCUCUCGCUACCUCCGCCGCCUAAACGCAGACACCAACACACCAUUCGGCAUGCUGGACAAAGUCCUCCAAAGAAUGCAAAAAGAAGGCUACAUCGAAAAGCGGCGCGACACCGUCAUGGGCGAAGAAGUCACGGAAUGGUUCGUGGGCCCCAGAGGCAAAGUCGAAGUCGGCAUCCGUGGAGUCACGGGGCUGGUGAAGAGCGUCUACGGCCACGGCGCGGUCCCCCUGUUUAAGCGACAGGACGAGGAGACCGAAGAGGCCACCGCGGUCGUCAAGGUCGAACUCGACGAACUCAACGGCAAGCUGUCACGGAGCCUGGGCGUCAAGAUCGGCGGCGAUGCACGAGCAGCAGCACAGCAGGGCGGCGAGGGUGACGAGGACGAGCAGGCAGAGGACUCGGGGAACAACAAUGAUUCUGGGGAAGCGGGUCCUUCGAGGACGAGACGUCAGCAGAAACAACCUGCUCGUGGUGGGCGCAGGAGGCAGACAGCACGGAAUGAUGAUGACGACGACGAUGAUGACUGA